GUUAAAAAUUUUCCUUGUUUUUUGGUGAGGUUUGUUUGGUGUUUGUUUUUUUUCCUGUAAACUUUUUCAAGGCUCAAGCAAUGACACCAUCACAAUUGUUAAUUAUUUGGUAAACUGUGACUCCCUUGCAACAGACGAGUUGUUAGUGACCCUUGUUCAUGUGUCCAUGACUAAUGUGUUGCUAUCUGGACUGUUUGGGGGGGGAAAAAAAACACAAAAACUGUGGACACUGUUGGUCUGAGUUGGGAACAGAAUGGCAGAGGCAGAACCAUUUUUAGCUGAUGGCAAUCAGGAGUUACUUCCCUGUGAAGUCUGUGGAAGACGCUUUGCAGCAGAUGUUCUGGAAAGGCAUGGACCAAUAUGUAGAAAACUCUUCAACAAAAAACGUAAACCUUUCAAUUCCUUGAAACAAAGAUUACAGGGCACUGACAUUCCCAUUGUGAGAAAGGCUCCUCAAUCCAAGCCUCAACCUGUGAGGAGAUCUAACUGGAGACAACAACAUGAAGACUUCAUUAAUGCCAUCCGAUCGGCAAAACAGUGUACACUAGCCAUUAAAGAAGGCCGACCUCUCCCACCUCCACCUCCUCCAUCCAUCAGCCCAGAUUAUAUUCAAUGCCCAUAUUGUCUGAGGAGAUUUAAUGAGACUGCAGCCAACCGACAUAUUAAUUUCUGCAAGGGUCAGUCUUCUCGCCGAGUCUUUGAUCCAGCCCAAACAGCAGCCAAGCUGGCAUCGAGAGUACAGGCUAGGGCUCAAAUGAGUCCAAAAAAAGAGCCAACUGUAACCAGUGCCGUGGGAGCCCUGCUGCAGAACAGGGCCCUGGCGGUCCCAAAUGUGGCCCCAACAAGGCCAGGAUUAGCUGUGGACCCUACUUCUGGAGCAAAACUCAGACAAGGACUUGCUAAAUCUUCUAAAAAAGAUUAACUCCUAGAGGCCAGACUGUCUCCCUUUAACUCAUCAGCCUGGAUGGCUGUGUACCCAGGAAUGCCACCUAAGGGGAAGGAAAGGCGGACAGCUGUUUAUAAGCCCAUGAUUCUUCUUGAGACAUAAUGGAGAACAAGUAAAAACCAGA